GGGCAUAUACUAUGGUUAUUCUCGUCUUCUCCUCCACAGAAGAACCAACCGUCACUCACGGCUGGCUCUAUCUUUCAACGAACAAUGGCUAGCUUUACUCCACCGUCACCUUUCUCUCUCCACUUCUCAACCUUCUCUCUCAAACCCAAACCCAAACCCAAAUUGAAACCUCAUUCUCUUCCUUCUCUCUUUGCCAAACCCCGAAAACUCACCGUCAACUCCAUCGACGUCUCAAAGGAAGAUACCACACCCACGCCAACGCCGGAGGCGGAGGCGGAGAACUUGGACCCGCGGCGGCUGGAGGAGAAAUUCGCGGUUCUGAACACUGGCAUCUACGAGUGCCGGUCGUGCGGUUAUAAAUACGACGAGGCGGUGGGCGAUCCUUCGUAUCCGAUUCCCCCGGGUUUCCAGUUCGAGAAGCUUCCAGACGAUUGGCGGUGUCCCACGUGCGGAGCCGCACAGAGUUUCUUCGAGAGCAAGAGCGUUCAGAUCGCAGGGUUUGCGCAGAACCAACAAUACGGACUCGGGGGAAAUUCCCUCACCUCGGGUCAGAAGACCGUACUUAUAUACGGCACUUUGUUGCUCUUCUUCGCUCUCUUUUUGGGUGGUUACUUCCUCCAAUAGUUUCUCUUUUUGUUAUGUUGGAUUGGAUAUAUAUUUAUCGACGAAGGGUUAUAUAUAUAUAUGAAUGUAUGUAUUGUAUCUAUGUAGUCAUCAAUCUGCUCUUCAUCUUUC